AUUUCAAGUUCCACCUAUAAAGACAGGAAUGAGGAAUACAGAAGACAGUUCACACAACUACCUGACACAGAGAAGCUGAUAGCAGAUUAUGCUUGUGCUCUUCAGAAAGACAUUUUGCUUCAGGGACGACUAUACCUUUCAGAAAACUGGCUAUGUUUCCAUAGCAACAUCUUCAAGUGGGAAACUACAAUUUCUAUUGCUUUAAAAAAUAUAACCUUCAUGACCAAGGAGAAAACUGCUCGACUCAUCCCAAAUGCUAUCCAGAUCGCUACCGACAGUGAAAAGUUUUUCUUUACAUCUUUUGGUGCCAGGGAUAGAAGUUACCUCAGUAUCUUUAGAUUGUGGCAGAAUGCACUAUUAGACAAGAAAGAAAAAGGAGCCCUGGCUGGUAUGGUUCAGUUAUUGGAGCGUUGUCAG